AAAAGAGGAAACCAUGGAGCUCCCUAUAGACCACCUUAAGGAUUAUGUUGGCAAAGAGGAGAAUUUCUCUGACCAGCAGCUCUGUGGACAGGAGAGGAAUUCCAGUUUCGAUCAAGAGGAACCAGAAGCUCUUCAGAUAAAAGAAGAACAGCAAAAACCAGAAUAUCUCUGUACAAAAGAGGAAACCGUGGAACUAUCCAUAACUGAGCAUGAUGAACAGUUUGUUCUAAAGCACGGGACUGUAGUUACAGGAGAGAAACCUUUCCCAUGUUUAACAUAUGGAGAAAACUUUGUAAGAAACGAAUAUUUUAGGGUUCACACCCACACAGGUCAGAUGAUUUCUGAAUGUCUGUCCUGUAGAAAAAUGUUCACAAAGAAAUCUAAUCUUGAUAGACACAUCAGAAUUCAUACAGGUGAGAAGCCUUUCUCCUGUACUAUUUGUGACAAGAAUUUCACUGAAAAAAGUAGUUUGAUUAAACACAUCAGAAUUCAUACAGGUGAGAAGCCUUUCUCCUGUACCAUUUGUAACAAGAAUUUCACUCAAAAGAGUAGUUUGAGUUAUCACAUGAGAAUUCACACAGAUGAGAACCCUUUUUCCUGUUCAAUUUGUAACAAGAAUUUUACUCAAAAGAGUAGAUUGACUUCUCACAUGAGAAUUCACACAGGUGAGAUACCUUUUGAAUGUCUAUCCUGUGGGAAAGGCUUCACCUCUAAAUCUGAUCUUAAAAGACACACCAGACUUCACACAGAUGAGAAGCCUUUUUCUUGUACAAUUUGUAACAAGAAUUUUACUCAAAAGAGUAAUUUGACUUGUCACAUGAGAAUUCACACAGAUGAGAAGCCUUUUUCCUGUACAAUUUGUAACAAGAAUUUUACUCAAAAGAGUAGUUUAACUUCUCACAUUAAAAUUCACACAGGUGAAAAGGCUUUUUCCUGUACAAUUUGUAACAAGAAUUUUACUCAAAAGAAUAGUUUGACUUCUCACAUGAGAAUUCACACUGGUGAGAAGCCUUUUGAAUGUCUAUCCUGUGGGAAAGGCUUCACCUCUAAGUCUGAUCUUGAUAGACACAUCAGAAUUCACACAGGUGAAAAGCCGUUUGUCUGCACCAAUUGUAACAAGAGUUUUUCUCAAAAAAGUAGUUUGACUUCUCACAUGAGAAUUCACACUGGUGAGAAGCCUUUUGAAUGUCUAUCAUGUGAAAAAGGCUUCACCUCUAAGUCUGAUCUUGAUAGACAUAUCAGAAGUCACACAGGUGAGAAACCUUUUGGCUGUACCAUUUGUAACAAGAAUUUUACUGAAAAAAGUCAUUUGACUACUCACGUUAGAAUUCACACUGGUGAGAAGCCCUUUUCCUGCAUGAUUUGUGGCAAGAGUUUUACUCUAAAAAGUAUUUUGACUAAACACAUGAGAAUUCACACAGGUGAGCAGCUGGUUUCCUGAAUGAAUUUUGCUCAAGGUUUUAAAUGAGGAGGUAAUUUGAGUAUUCGGAUGACAUUUAAAUAUGCAUGAUGUAAAAUGGUUUAUAUAUAUUUUUUGAAUAUUUGUUUCACAUUAGUCACAGCAGUUGGACGACACAGGAAUGAGCAUUAUGUGUGUUUUCCAUGUUUGGCUAGUAAUAAAAUGUCCAUCUUGAAACUCCUUCACGACUUUACAUGAGAGAUCCAUGGGUUAAUGGUCUUUUUGGAGCAAAGUUUUGAGAAAGCCAUUAAUUAACAGCUCUGUUUACAUGGAAACUAGAACAGAUAAGGUGUUAUAUUGUGAACCAGGUAAAUAUUCGGGUCCUAGACGAAUAUGUGUGAACAUUUGAAGGUUUAUUAUUUUGUGGUUAAGUAAUUUAUAUUUAAAUGGUCAAACAAUUAAACUUGCCCUAACAAAAACAAAGAUUCACAAUUUCUUACUUUUUCUGUAAUUUAGGCAAUAAACAUAAUAAAGCGCAACAACAACAUAUUGGUUAAAGAUGAAGCAAGUUUGCUUUCCAUACUACAAGUAAUGGAGAAGUUAUAGAUGUUUAAAUUGAAAACAAGCCAGACAGACCCAUACUGUGCCGUUUUGGCAUGGUGUGGCAGAACUUUUUCUGGAUGAAUUUUUCAGAAAAAAAGAGAUAUUUGGAAACUUUUAGCUGAAUGAUAAGGUAUUAGAUGGAUAUAUUCCAGAAA